AUGGCGAGGCAGCAGUACAGCUAUGGGGACAGCAGAAAAGGACAGCAAACUCUGAAAAAGGACAUGAGCACCCAAAGAAUGGAACACCAAAUUGGUAUGUCUGAGGGAACUCAACUGGGACUGAACUGGUCUACCUAUCUGGGCAAUGGAUGUGUGACUGCUGCAGAACAUCGCUUUCAGCACCAUGGACAGUUCUCAGCCCCUAUCACUAUCCUGCUGGCGAUUCUCAUGGGACUCCUAGUGUUGGCCACUGUCUUGGGCAACGCGUUGGUCAUCUUGGCAUUUGUGGUGGAUAAAAGCCUACGGACCCAGGGGAACUUCUUCUUCCUGAACUUGGCCCUGGCAGAUUUUUUAGUGGGUGGAUUUUGUAUUCCCCUUUACAUCCCGUAUAUACUGACCGAUGAAUGGAAAUUUGGAAAAGGCCUGUGUAAGCUCUGGUUAGUGGUCGAUUACCUCGUCUGCACAGCCUCUGGAUUCAACAUUGUCUUGAUCAGUUUUGACCGAUUCAUCUCCGUAACAAAGGCGGUGAGCUACAGAGUUCAGAAAGGGAUGACCAAAACCACGGUGGUGAAGAUGGUAAUGGUGUGGAUUGCAGCAUUUCUCCUUUAUGGUCCAGCCAUUAUCAGCUGGGAGUACAUAGCCCAACAAAGCAUCAUCCCUGAGAACAAGUGUUACGCCGAGUUCCACUACAACUGGUACUUCCUCAUGAUUGCCUCCACCAUUGAGUUCUUCACACCAUUCAUCAGUGUCACCUACUUCAACUUAAGCAUCUAUUUCAACAUUCGCAAGCGGACACAGGUCGGAAGUGAGAGUUCCUCAGCAGCCCAAAAGGACUGUGAACUUUUUUGCUGCAGGAAGAAACGAGAGCAUGCCAUAGUUUUCACAAAAAGAGGGGAGAAAAGGAACGAAAAGAACAUAUCCAGCACCACACGGAAAGCAGAGGUGGCCAAUACCGCGGCUAGCCGGUUCAGGCUUUCCAGAGAUAAGAAAAUAGCCAAAUCUUUAGCCAUUGUUGUCUGCAUCUUUGCUGUAUGUUGGGCACCCUACACCCUUCUAAUGAUCAUCAGAGCUGGUUGUCACGGGAGAUGCAUCCACAAUGAUCUCUACGAAGUAUCGUUUUGGCUACUGUGGUUGAAUUCAGCUAUUAAUCCCGUAUUAUAUCCUUUGUGCCACAUCAGUUUCAGGAAAGCCUUUUAUAAAUUGCUCUGCCCAGCCAAGGCAAAAAUCCAUCCCAAUAUUUUUACGUGA